GCAGCUUAGUACGAGAUCCGGGAGCGCAGCAUUCAGCAGUAAGCGUGAGAGGGUGGGAGUGGAUAAGGAAAAGAGGAUACGUACGACUGGAAGUACACCCUUUUAUAUAUCACAGGCGUACAACUUCAAUUAAACCACACGGUUCAAGAAGGCUUUCACAACGAAGAUGGCGUCCGCAAAUGACUCCCGGCAGCAGCAGGCCCAGAAGGACGCGGCGGACCAGAACUUCGACUACAUGUUCAAGCUCCUGAUCAUCGGCAACAGCAGCGUGGGCAAGACCAGCUUCCUGUUCCGCUACGCCGACGACUCCUUCACCUCCGCCUUCGUCAGCACCGUCGGCAUCGACUUCAAGGUCAAGACGGUCUACCGCAACGACAAGAGGGUCAAGCUGCAGAUCUGGGACACGGCGGGGCAGGAGCGCUAUAGGACCAUCACCACAGCCUAUUACAGAGGAGCCAUGGGCUUCCUGCUCAUGUACGACAUCACCAACCAGGACUCCUUCAACGCUGUACAGGAUUGGGCGACUCAGAUAAAGACGUACUCCUGGGACAAUGCACAGGUGAUCCUGGUGGGGAACAAGUGUGAUCUGGAGGACGACCGGCUGGUCCCCGCUGAGGAGGGCCAAAGGCUGGCAGACGAGUUAGGUUUCCAGUUCUUUGAGGCCAGCGCCAAAGACAACAUCAAUGUGAAGCAGGUGUUUGAGCGUCUGGUGGACGUCAUCUGCGAGAAGAUGAACGAGAGCAUGGACGGGGAACCCAGCCCCAUGGCCAAUCAUCGGGCUCCUACCCUGCAGGACACGCCCCCUGACAACCAGGGUGGCUGUUCAUGCUAACCUCAGCCCCUCCCCACUCAAUGCUACCCCAGAACACAGUAACCUGAGAUAACACACUACACAUAAACCUGCCCCCCUCGUUUGGCCCACCCCCCCACCCCGGAUGUAGUCCCUGUGAUGCCAAAACUAUGUGCCACUUUUCCCCCAAAGCCUCUUCACCCUCUCCAUGCAUGUGAAAUGCACUCUGCCGUCUUGUCUGUAAUGCUUCUAAAACGUCUCCCCCUCUCUACACAACUUUCCCUGCUUUGAGAGUCUGCCCCCCUCCCCGCCUUUAUUUUAACACUUUGUCAUCUGAUUGAAAUAACUGAAGAAAGAAAUGGCUAUCACUGUGAAUACACUCUCUCCCCACCUGGGUUUCAUCCCCGGGGCUGUGUUCUUCUGCCCCUGUCACUAGGAAAACAGGCUGCGUAGUGUCCACAGUGCAAGUAGCAAAACCAGAUGACUUGGUCAUAAAAACACUGUUUCAGCACUCUUGCACUACUUUGUGUUUUCUUUUAAAAGAUAACAUGGCAACACCCGCCACCCGUCCUAGCCUCUGUAUUAACCGUCUCACAAACGCAUUACAGCAGCCCGUCUGAGCUGACUUCCAGUUACUGUGUGUUCAAGUGCCUGUGGAGGCUCCGUCAGGAACCAGGUUGUGUGAAGUGAACGACUCUCCACAUCUGCAGGCGUAAGAUUUUGUUGACUCGCUUGUAAGACGCCAUGUUGUGCCAUUUACCGGAAGCCACACCUGUGUAAGCGCGAGAAGAAAGCUUUGUACCUUUACUGGUGGGCUUUCGUAGAGCACUGUCCGCACAAGCGUGGCGAGUAGCACUGUGUCGAGUUGUAUGGUGUCUGUGGAGAAGGUGUCAGUUUUCCCUGCUUUUGUUCGGCAAGGCCCCCCUAGCUAUCUCCUGUUUUGCCUCACAAAUGAUUCAUUUUACUGGAAAAGCAGUAUGAAGGAGAAGCCAGAGGCUUUCUCAGUGUUCGGAGUGGCUGGGCUUUAUCAAAGCCUGUGAGGUGUGUUUGUGAGACCUUGUGCACUUCUUUAUGUGUACGUGUUUUUGUUUUGUUUUGUUUUGUAGAGGUUUUCAUAAAUUAAGGGCCUAGAGGACUGAACAUAAUGUCCUGUUGUAUGCUGAUAUUCAUAUCAUUAUAUUCCUUUUUUUUUUUUUUUUUUUUUUUUUUUUUUUCGAUUAUUAAUAUUCAUAGCCCCUAAAUUUUUGAAUGUAGCAAUGGAUAUUUUCCCAGGGAGGUACAGCCUUACAGUUUUUUUAUAGUUUGCAUUAGAGUGCAGUGCUUCCACCUAGUGGUAGCAGAGUAUUACUGCACAAAGCAGUGUCCUGGUUGUGAUUGUGUUAUUGCCGUUGGAGUCCUUGUCUAUCCUAAGUCCCAUGUUUAAUGAUUAAUGAAGUAUGGCAUAAUUUCUAUAUCACAUCACGUGUUUCCCACCCCAACCGCAUCUCAUACGCAGGUGCUGGACAAUGUCUCACUAUUAACCCUCUGAAGGCUGGCAGUUGGGUAGUGCUGACUUUUCUUGACCUCCAGUAAUGUUUAUGCCAAAAAAAUUUCAUGACUGACCAAGUUUAACACUGUAUUAUUUCCUGAAUUCUUUCCAGUUUUCAGCAAAAUGCUAUUUUGUUCAAGUCAGUCUAGUUAACUGUAGAAGUGUAGUUAACAGUAGAUGGUGACACCACUAAAGCCUCUUGACUGGAAGAUAGUUAGCAUUAAAGCAGUAAUACAAUUAAAGAACACUAAAAGACAUGAGCCAGGUGGUCAUUUAUUUUCCUGAUACGAUCUUUUGAGUUCAAUUGAAAGAGCCAAGCUUGUAGGUAUGUGUGUGUGUGUGUGUGCAUGAGUGUGUGCACUGCCAAACCUGUAUCAGUGUGUGCAUGCGUGUGUGCACCGCCAAACCGGUAUGUGUGUGUGCAUGCGUGUGUGCAUCGCCAAACCUGUGUGUUUGUGCGUGCAUGCACAUACCUGUGUUCUCUAUAGUUUACACAAGCAUGGUCUUUGGCUGAUACAAACUUCAGUUUUCAUGUUCUUCGGAAUAUCAUUGUUUUGCUUGUCCUGAACAGAUGGAUUAGUUGAAUGGGACAGUUUUUCCUCUGUGUGGCAGUAUGGUUUCCAAAGAGUAGCCUACACUGGCAUUGUGUCAUUAAGUAGUUGAGGGAAACAAACUGCAAAGGCUUCGAUAUAAACAUACUGGAAACUUUGCAAUGAUGUUCAGGUGUGUUGUAAAUUUAGGUUGACAAUAAGUGUUGAUUACUGCAGGCGUUUCUCAAAGAAAACUGGGAAACGGCAUUCUGCUUUGUGCUACUUGGCUUUCUGUAUUUUCAUGGCUGAAAGUGGAACCAGUGAACGAUGUGAUGUUUCCCCAUGCCGUUCUAAUGAAACGCACAGCAUGGGGACGCCAUUUUAAUCUCUGGAAGUGUUCUGUGUGCUCUUCAUGAAUUCUUUAUGUAUUUUUUUAAGCUAGUUUGUUUCAAGAAUGCCAAACUACAAGGCUAAAAAUAUAGCACUAUAUUUUUUAUGUCUUGUUUUUAUUUAGGAUAUGAAUGUAUUUGUCAUUUAGCAAGAAAUAUGUAUAUGAAAUAUAAAGAAAUAUUUGUUAAAACAAAAUAAAGAUUGUAUUCAUUACCAGAA